UCGCGACAUACUGUCGGGUAGACGACUCUUCGCUUGCUUUCGCAACUCAUUUUCGGGGUGGUGACGAGGCCACCCGAAGAGCUCGCCAUGCUUCUUCCCAAGGGCGGCAUCACUUGGAAGUCCGCCAAAGCUCAAUUACCCCCUACCAGAGCAGUAUGGGUGUUCUUAACAAGGACGCGCUUUCUCCUCUUCAUCGCUGUCGCAGGAGCCAUUUUGUUACUAUGGCGUGGCAUUCGGACAUCAGCCAGUGAAAUGCAAAGUUUCUAUUGCUGGGGUCCCUCAAAACCGCCGAUGGACAUGACGCUCAAUGAGCAGCAGGCGUGGAAUGCUCAUCUCCAAACCCCCGUGAUCUUCAACCACCAUGCGCCCAUAACUGUCAACGACACCACAAUAACACACGUUAACCUGAAUCCUGUCAAAUCAACCACCAAAGCUCUCCAGAACGAAGAACGAGUCCUCAUUGUCACGCCCCUGAAGGAUGCUGCGCCGUAUCUGUCCAAGUACUUCGAGCUGAUUGCCGAACUGUCAUAUCCGCACCACCUAAUUGAUCUCGCCUUUCUCGUAGGAGAUUCUACUGAUGACACGCUCGGUGUCCUGGCCAUGGAGCUGGAUCGCAUUCAGAAGCGGCCGGAUAAGAUCCCCUUCAACAGCGCCCUGGUUGUAGAGAAAGACUUUGGAAGCCACCUCAGUCAGUCCGUCGAGGAUCGGCAUGGCUUCGAGGCGCAGGGUCCUCGGCGCAAGGCUAUGGGCCGCGCCAGGAACUACUUGUUGUCCGCUGCCCUCAAGCCGGAUCACUCGUGGGUCUACUGGAGGGAUGUUGACAUCGUCGAUAGCCCCCAAAAAAUCUUGGAAGACUUCAUUGCUCACGACCGUGAUGUCCUUGUGCCCAAUAUCUGGUUCCAUCGGUACAGAGACGGACGGGACAUCGAAGGCCGUUUCGACUACAACUCUUGGGUUGAGUCCGAGAAGGGCUUGAAACUUGCCAGCAGCUUGGAUAAAGACGUAGUACUGGCUGAAGGAUACAAGCAGUACGAUACUGGACGACAACACAUGGCGCGCAUGGGUGACUGGCGGAAUGAUAAAGAUGAGGAGAUUGAACUUGAUGGUAUUGGUGGUGUCAACAUUCUUGUCAAGGCCGAUGUGCAUCGAUCAGGCAUUAACUUCCCUUGUUACGCUUUCGAGAACCAAGCUGAGACGGAGGGGUUUGCAAAGAUGGCGAAGCGCGCAGGUUACGAGGUCAUCGGUCUUCCGAAUUACGUCGUGUGGCACAUCGAUACGGAGGAGAAGCCCGGGAACGCAUAGAAGGACGGCACUUCUGCAUUCUUUCUUGUCUAACCCAUUAUAUUUUUUUCUGUGUACCGAUUUUGUCCGCCGGUCUCACGCACAUUUGAACAG